GACAACAUUCGUCGUGUUGCCAUUGGGUAUGGCAGCAUCACGAUGUUUAACGCCUACGCCGACGAGGUCUUUCUUUCGUCCAAAGCCAAGUCGAAGAGAUUUCGUGCAACCCUGCAGAAUUGCGGCGUCCAGUUCAUCGAUACUCCACAUAAAGGCGAGAAGGAUAUUGCCGACAAAGUCAUGAUAACGGAUAUGCUUGCUUUUGCGGUAGAGAACCGGCCUCCAGCCACGGUGAUACUCAUCACUGGGGAUUCCGACUUUGCCCGUGCCGCCUAUAUCCUACGGACCAAGUUGUAUCGGGUGGUUCUCGUCACGCCC